CCGAUUGUUGUCCUACUUAGAAUAGCAUUUUGUCCGAAUCGAAGUAGUCCGAAAUUCCAUUCCAAUUCAAGCGUCUACGAUGAAACCUGUUAAUGGGUCGUGAAAAAUGUGCCAUUUAGAAAACGACUAUUGUCAUCAGGCGUAUUAUAACAUAGUGAAUGUAAUUAAGUAAUUUAAGGGGAAUAAUAGUUCGAACCGUUUAAACACCAUGUAUUUUAAAGCCUCUGUGGUUUAAAUUUCUGCAGAAAGUUUGUAAACAUCCGUCAAUGUUAUGGGACGCUUUACACGGAAGUUGUCCUACUUUCACUUUGUUUUUGAAAGACAAACGGCAUUGCAUUUUGAAAUGUAAAGUCCUUAAAUGGGAUAGCAUGUACAGUUACUAUAAAUCUGAAAUGAUGGACAAGUUUGAGAUAAUUGAUAAGAGUGAUCUAGACAGCCUCCCAUUUUUCUCUGGAGAUGGAGAUGGAAGUGUGCAGUCAGAACAAAAUCUAGAAAUUACAAGGCGACACUGGGUACGCAAUGACAAGAGGCCAUUCUGUAUGAACAAGGCCUGUAACAAGCGGUUUACAAAGGUCCUUGAUAGACAGCAUCAUUGUAGGAAGUGUGGGGAAAUCUUCUGUGCUGACUGCCUCAAAUUCAAGCUCAAACUAAACUUCCUUGCUUUCAGUGAUCCACUUGGCAAGACAUAUAAGGUGUGUAAGCAGUGCUAUGAGGCAGAUGAAGACGGGGAGGUGGUAUCCAGGUCACUGACAAUGGUCUUCCGAGAGUGCAAAUCAUGGACAGUGUCAUUGAGGGAUGGCUUGGAGAGGAGGAAGUCUUCUCUUGCUAAAACAUGGAGAGAUAAACUUAACAUGUCGGUGGAGUGUGAAAGAUUAAAGAAGGGAUUUGAGUCUUCUGUCGGGACAUCCGAGGUAACUCGCACACUGUCAGAGAUGAAAAAUAUGCUGAAAACUCCCGACUGGCAGAAAUCUUCAGUCUGGAUGCAAGAGAGCCUAGCCAUCCACUGCCAGACUUGUCAUGAAGGUUUCGGCUUGCUGAAAAAGAAGUACAGCUGCAAGUUGUGUGGGAAGGUCCUGUGUAAGACGUGCAGUCGACGGGAGCUGCUUGUGUACAUUCCAGACCAGCCUCCUGGGAAUGGACCAUUGAGCUGUAGGGAGGCUUGUCUCAGUGUGAUAAAAGUUAUUGGGAGCCCAGAGGUUGAGCCCGAGAUCUCGAUGCUGCUACAUGUAUGUGGGGCUUGCCGUCAGUAUGUGGUUGACCUUCAGCUCGCAAAGGUCGAGCAGAUGUCAGAGGUCACUGAGGUCAAGGACACUGAAGAAGGGGUCAUCUCAAAGUUGGCUGCUAUGGAUGGGACCCUCUCAAAAUUGCAGAAAAAUAUCAUUGGGGCUCUUGUUCAGUACCAGGACGUGGUUGAAAGCCUUGAGGACAGCAGGUCUCGAUCCCGGGAGGAAGGAAACACAAAGGUCCUUGCUAAAACACAGGAGGACCUUUCUGACCAUUUUGCUUCAUUCUGUGUGAAGGUUCCUAUCCUGAAGAAGAUGUCUCCUUAUGCUGAGACUGACACACAGUCCAGACUGCUCAAGGCUUAUAUAAAGGCAAAAAGUGACUUCUACCUCGAUAAUGUGUUCACGUUCCGGAUGUUGAAGAGGAAGCUGAACGAAUCGGCCCCACCACAAGUGCUCGAGUACAUACAGAAAAUAGUCGACAAAAAUGCGAUAGUGUCAGCCCAGGUAUACGUAAAACAGCUGACGUUUGAAGCCAUCUACCUCAGUGAUAAACACUCACUACAAGGACAGCCUCUACAGGCCCUGCUGGUUAAACUGUAUGAGGUAUGUAUAUUAGUGUCAGCCCAGGUAUACGUAAAACAGCUGACAUUUGAAGCCAUCUACCUCAGUGAUAAACACUCUCUACAAGGUCAACCUCUACAGGCCCUGCUGGUUAAACUGUACGAGGUAUGUAUAUUAGUGUCAGCCCAGGUAUACGUAAAACAGCUGACGUUUGAAGCCAUCUACCUCAGUGAUAAACACUCUCUACAAGGUCAACCUCUACAGGCCCUGCUGGUUAAACUGUACGAGGUAUGUAUAUUAGUGUCAGCCCAGGUAUACGUAAAACAGCUGACAUUUGAAGCCAUCUACCUCAGUGAUAAACACUCUCUACAAGGACAGCCUCUACAGGCCCUGCUGGUUAAACUGUACGAGGUAUGUAUAUUAGUGUCAGCCCAGGUAUACGUAAAACAGCUGACAUUUGAAGCCAUCUACCUCAGUGAUAAACACUCACUACAAGGACAGCCUCUACAGGCCCUGCUGGUUAAACUGUACGAGGUAUGUAUAUUAGUGUCAGCCCAGGUAUACGUAAAACAGCUGACGUUUGAAGCCAUCUACCUCAGUGAUAAACACUCUCUACAAGGACAGCCUCUACAGGCCCUGCUGGUUAAACUGUACGAGGUAUGUAUAUUAGUGUCAGCCCAGGUAUACGUAAAACAGCUGACGUUUGAAGCCAUCUACCUCAGUGAUAAACACUCACUACAAGGACAGCCUCUACAGGCCCUGCUGGUUAAACUGUAUGAGGUAGUUGAAGAGGACACAAGUCGGUGCUUGUUGAGACAGGGUGAGGAUAUAGAUGCCCACAAUGCAGACGUCAGCAGUAUCGUACGAUCUCAAGUGAAGAGCCAUCGACUGAUCCGCCCAUCUCGAACCAAGAUGGUGACCCAGGGCACGCACCAUGUGGCGUCCAUCCUGCUGUCCCGCCUUUCCACAACGCUCCACCAGGUCAGCGUCCAGCUUGACAUGAAAACCAUCAAUCGAAGCUUUCCCGACAGCAAGGCCGCAGUAAAGACUGCGCUGCAAGAGGCUGAAAGUCUCACUGUGAAAGAUUUGUCAAUGUCUUGAAUUCCUGUAUUCUAAUUUAAUUCAAUUAAUAUAUUCUACCCAUUUUAAUUCUCUGGUUAUGAUAAAUCGGAGCUUCCCCACUAGCAAUGUAACCAUAAAAACUGCCCUUAAAGAGACACUGUGAAUCUUUUGUUAUCGCCUUGACAAGUUAAAUAUCCUGUAUUUUUUUUAGAAAACUGUGUUUUAAUUCUCUGAUUACCAUCAACCAAAGCAUUUUUUUACAUGUUGUAAAAGUUAAUAUACCGUACAUCGAAAGGGAAAAUGAGUUCAAGUUGUAAUCAGGUACAUGCACAUUAGUUUAAACUUAUUUAUUUUACAACGAUUGUGAAACAAGUUAUUACAACAUUAUAAUAAUCACUGUUGUUGGCAGGACUUUAUGUGAGAGUGUGUCUUGUGUUGUGGGGGAGCACUGGGAGGAAACCCACUAAUUCGGCUUGGUGACCACAAACAAGACUCACAUGCGCCAAGGCCGGGAAUCGAACCCAGGUUGCCUUGGUGAGAAGAGAGUGCACUUAUAUUAUAAUUAUGAAUGUGCAGCAAUGAUAAAAUAUCAAUUUGAUCAAUGUUGUGUUAGAAUCAUGUUGGCUUUCUAUGGUUUGUAUUUUAUUCUUGUAAUUCUAAUACUUGUUUUAUAAGUUGUUGGUAUAACUAAAGGUAACCUAAUUUAUCUGGUUACUUUUUGGUAUAUUAUUUAAAUUUUUAUAUGGAUUAUUGUUAUUUUUCUGGUAUCAAAGACACGUUGAAAUACCAAAGAUUAUUUCAACCCAUUUUUUAUGAAAUCAUUUAAAAAUUUAGAAAGAUUAUGAAGAAAAACAAAGAAAGUGGCCAGAUUUAUGUCCUUGCCUAGUAUGUGCAUGUAUUUCACAUAAAGAAGACUAAAGUUAGGGUUUUAGGCAGGAUUAAAAAAGGAAAAGGUGCUGCAGAAAAGGGACAGGGUGCUAUGGGUAAAAAGAGCACAUUGAAUCGGGCUAUGAAGAACUGAACAUUAUGAAUAAGGCAGAAAAUGUUAGAAAUUGUGUUUAAUUGAAGUAAUAUAAGGUUUCAACAGCCAGAUAUGUAAAAUGUUUUGUAUUUUAAAUAAGUUUUGAACAAAACAGCAGAAAUAUUUUAUUAAUAUUUGAAAGUCUUAGCAUUUGAUUCUAUGAAGGCAGAAGGGUGCCCAUGCUGGUCUCCAUGCGGGCAGAAGGGUGCUACUGAAAAAAGACAGGGUGCAGCACCCUUUCAUAACCCAUCAGCUAAAACCCUACUAAAGUGAAGUAAUUUGUAUGCUUGGGCCCUUAUUCACUGAUGCCUUGAGUGUGAGGGUCAGACUCAGGUCAGAAAACUGAAUUCUUAAAUGUUUGAAAAUCUCAAUAAUACAUUAUUGUGCAAAAGAUGAGUGCCUGAUUUUAAAACAGAUUAUUUGUUGUAAAAAAUACAGCAAUUUUGACCAUCAUAACUCAUUCUAUGAACUAAAACUUAAAAUAUUAGUGAUUAUGGGCUAGGUCUUGUGUCUUUCCUACAAUUUCAAUUUGUACAAGUUCAAUGUAUCAGAUGUUGAUUCCCAUGAAUCGAGCUCAAGGUUCAAUGUAUCUGAUGUCAAUUCACAUGAAUCGAGCUCAAGGUUCAAUGUAUCUGAUGUCAAUUCACAUGAAUCGAGCUCAAGGUUCAAUGUAUCUGAUGUCGAUUCACAUGAAUCUAGCUCAAGGUUCAAUGUAUCGGAUGUAGAUUCACAUGAAUCUAGCUCAAGGUUCAAUGUAUCAGAUGUAGAUUCACAUGAAUCUAGCUCAAGGUUCAAUGUAUCGGAUGUAGAUUUACAUGAAUCUUGCUCAAGGUUCAAUGUAUCGGAUGUAGAUUCACAUGAAUCUAGCUCAAGGUUCAAUGCAUCAGAUGUAGAUUCACAUGAAUCUAGCUCAAGGUUCAAUGUAUCAGAUGUAGAUUCACAUGAAUCUUGCUCAAGGUUCAAUGUAUCGGAUGUAGUUUACAUGAAUCUAGCUCAAGGUUCAAUGUAUCGGAUGUAGAUUCCCAUGAAUCUAGCUCAAGGUUCAAUGUAUCGGAUGUAGAUUCACAUGAAUCUAGCUCAAGGUUCAAUGUAUCGGAUGUAGAUUCCCAUGAAUCUAGCUCAAGGUUCAAUGUAUCGGAUGUAGAUUCACAUGAAUCUAGCUCAAGGUUCAAUGUAUCAGAUGUCGUUUCACAUGAACCUAUCUCAAGGUUAAAUGUAUCUGAUGUAGAUUUACAUGAAUCUAGCUCAAGGUUCAAUGUAUUGGAUGUAGAUUCACAUGAAUCUAGCUCAAGGUUCAAUGUAUCAGAUGUAGAUUCACAUGAAUUGAGCUCAAUGUUUAUAUUGACUAUUUUACAAUUUUCAUUCCUGACUUGCCAUAAAAUUAUGAAUUCCAUGUUUCUAAUAUUUCAUUCCAGCAGAUUGUGAUUAGUGAAAUAGAGAUGGAGUUGUUUUACAAUUUUAAAUGUUAUUCUAUUGUCUCUAUAGUAUCAUUCAGGUGCCAUUGUGUUAAAUAUGAAUUAUAUCUCAGUUAUGUGAUUGUAUUCAAGAUUUGUUAAGUAUUGUGCAAUAUUUGCUAUUUUUAAAUCAUUUGAUUUUUAGUGAUCUUUACCAGUAUAUAUUUUUCAAUAAAACAGAAAAUGUAAACGUUUGUUUUUCAAA